AUGCUUGAAAAUUUUGAAGAAAUUAUCAAACUCGCAAAAGGUGAAAAUGAUUCACAGCUAAAUCGAAUGACUCAGAUUGAACAAGACACAUUUGAGAUGCAAGUAAGGGCAGCAAACAUAGUGAGAGCUGGGGAAUCCCUUAUGAAGCUGGUUUCCGACAUAAAGCAAUAUUUGAUUUUAAAUGACUUUCCAUCAGUUAAUGAAGCUAUUACCCAAAAUUCAAAACUUUUUCGCACUAAACAACAAGAAUUAUUUGAAAAGUUCGAAAUG